AGUGACAGGAGCUGAAGGAACACGUGAGAGUGACUGAGACUCAAGAUCAACUGCAGGUCGGAGUUGCUGGUCUGUCAGUGUCACAGACAGCAGACCGGACUUUUAUUUUCGGUUGUUGUAAACCGAUCCGCUUCGAUUUUUUUGGGAGAACUCUCCUGACCGGACAGGUUACUUAAGCCGUAUACUUCAGGUUUGAUCGAUAAGAGAGAAAAACUUGUUUUUUUUUUUUAUGUGAAAUACUUUAGCGAGUUUUACUAAGAUUUCCUUUGGAGUCCUGGACGAGCCGAUGCGGCGCGGCUAGAGGUCUGGUCCGGAAGGGUUGCUGGAGAAUUGACCUCCCCCUGUAAGAUCCCAGGUGCUGAACAUGCUUCAAAAUGGAAAUAUUAAGGAGGAAAAGCUGCCGCAACCAGAAGAGACGGGGGAGACGAAGGGUGACUCACCCGGUCCCGCGGCGGACGACAAGGACUCCGAGCCCUCACACUUCCCCAUGCCGGUUCACACCAAACUGGAGAUAAAACGCAACGCAGUGACGGACGAUUACAAAAUCUCCAGUCAGGUUCUGGGCCUGGGGAUCAAUGGGAAAGUCCUGGAGUGCUUCAAUAAGAAGACUGGAGUCAAGUGCGCGCUGAAGAUUUUGUACGACAGUCCCAAAGCCAGACGAGAAGUUGAGCUUCACUGGCGGGUUUCUGGGGGGCCGUACAUCGUUCGCAUUCUGAAUCUCUAUGAGAACAUGCAUCAUGGGAAGAAGUGUCUGCUCAUCAUCAUGGAGUGCAUGGAGGGAGGAGAGCUGUUCAGCCGGAUCCAAGCCAGAGGGGACCAGGCCUUCACUGAAAAAGAGGCAUCAGGGAUCAUGAAGGACAUUGGCACAGCCAUCGAGUUUCUCCACAACAUCAACAUUGCACACAGGGAUGUCAAGCCAGAGAACCUGCUGUACACCUCCAAACAGAAAAACGCAGUCCUCAAACUGACAGACUUUGGCUUCGCCAAGGAGACAACCCUGCACAACCCUCUGCAGACGCCCUGUUACACACCCUACUACGUUGCUCCUGAGGUCUUGGGACCGGAGAAAUAUGACAAGUCGUGCGACAUGUGGUCUCUGGGUGUCAUCAUGUACAUCCUGUUGUGUGGGUUCCCUCCAUUUUACUCCAACACCGGUCAGGCCAUCUCUCCGGGGAUGAAGAGGAGAAUCCGGAUGGGCCAGUAUGAAUUCCCCAAACCGGAAUGGUCUGAGGUGUCACAAGAAGCAAAAGAUUUGAUCCACCAGUUAUUGAAAACAGACCCCAGUGAGAGGAUGACCAUCACACAGUUUAUGAACCACCCCUGGAUCAAUCAGUCCAUGAUGGUUCCAUCCACUCCCCUUCACACCACCCGGGUCCUGACGGAAGACAGAGAGAUGUGGGAGGAUGUGAAGGAGGAGAUGACCAGUGCUUUAGCCACCAUGCGCGUGGACUACGAUCAGGUGAAGAUCAAGGAUCUCGACACGUCCAGCAACCCUCUGCUCAACAAGAGGCGCAAGAAGGCCGCCGCGGGAGCCAAGAGUGGCUCAACGGUCUGCCAGAGUCAGUAAAACCAGGAGCAAGUCUGCUGACUAUGAUCGGAGCAAAGCGGCUCAGAAUAAAGGGUGAUUUGUGGAGGUGUGAUUUUAUAGAAACUGGACUUGAAGAAAUAACAUGCUGGCACCCCAGCUGGAUAUGUUAAAAAGGCAGUUUUUUGCUUAUCUUGAAGCCAUUUUAAGUGUCUGUUUGCAGACAUGAAGCUUUUGUAGUAAGAAUGUUUUGUGUUUUUAAAUGCUGGAUUGCCUUUUUUUAAGGUCUCCUCCUGGACCCUGAUGAAGAAAUCUUAUGUGAAACACCUGUACUGUCUUAAAUCUAUUUGGGAGUUUUUCAGCUGGCUUCUUCCUUGGAUUCAUGAACCAUUUUCUGUGACUGUUAAUAAAUUCUAGCUUGCAGCCUUUUCUUUCUUGUCUCCUCUUAAGCAUCUUCAAAGGUUUUCAUUGAGUAUCACUUCUGCAGAUUUCUCUGUUGACCACAAAUGGAGCAAAACAAGGUACCAACUUCCUGUUGGGUCCGCGCCUUUAAGAAAACGGUUAUGAAGUAACAUUUGGUUAAACUAAAGCGGAACAAUUGUGACACUUUACUUGAGAAAAUGUUGGUGUUUGACACAACCAGUAAAAUGGUUCCACCGUUUUCCAUUAGAAAUUUGUACAAACGAGGAUCCUGUAAACCUCUUUUGUUGAGUCUCUUCUCCAUGUGUGUCCACAAGUGCCCAAUUAAACUUUAAAAUUGAAGCAA